AGUGCUUGAAGAGAAAUCGUAUCGUCGUUAACAAAUAAAGUAGUUGCGAUGAUUUCCAGGAUAAAAAUUUUGCUGAUUUUAACUUCAGUUUUAAUCACGCCGAUAAAAUGUGCAAUAUGUCGAUUCUACCUGGACACAAACUCAAUUUAUGGCUGUGAAAUGUUUGAAGUUAACGUCACUGAAGAGAAUCAAACAUUUGAAAUCACAGGAGAUCAUCUUUCUGGAUACUCUGAUACUAACGUCACGUGGUUGAACGUCACCGAUUCUGGAGUAUUAAAUUUUAUUUCUUUGACAAUCUUCGAAACUUUUGCCAAUUUGCAAACAGCUGAUUUAAGUAAAGUUGAAGUGAAGGAAAUACGUCAAGAGAAUUUUUUGAAAAUCCAUAGUGUCCGUACAAUAAUUCUAGAAGGAAAUUCAAUCCAAAAAAUUCCUUCAAUGGCAUUCAUGAAUUGUUGGCAGCUCAGAGAUCUUCGUUUAAAUGAUAACGCUAUCGACACUAUUGAAGAUUACGCUUUUAGCACCGAAUGGAGUGUUUUAUUAAAUUAUUUAACUCUUUCAAAUAACCUUAUAAAAACUCUACCGGAGAAUGCUUUUGCUGGUCUAACUUCAUUAAGUUCUCUUUACCUAGACGGCAACCAAAUUACUGAACUACCGGAAAAUAUUUUCAUUUCGUUAUUAUCGUUGAGAGUUUUAAAUUUGGACAAUAAUCAUCUUGUUUCGUUGCUACCAGAUUUGUUUACUGCUACUUUUAAUUUAAAUUACCUUUCUAUUAGAUCAAAUCAACUUGAAAGUUUAGAUUUUGGAUUAUCAUAUUUAGAUUCACUUUCUGAACUUUACAUCGAACACAACAAAAUUAGUUUUUUGGAAAGUAGUUUUUUCUAUACAGCUAAUAAAUUGAGAAUUUUCGAAGCGAGUUGGAAUAACCUCAGCAGUAUUGUUAAUAUAACAUUUCAAAACAGUUUAUCCAACGAAUUACAAUACGUUGGACUAUCACAUAAUAGUCUAACAGAAAUAUUUCCCAGAAACUUUCAACGCCUUUCUAAUUUAAGAGAGCUACGCUUGAAUGAUAAUAAAAUUUCUUCAUUACCUAACGACAUUUUCGCUAGGUGUUUUUUUGCACCAUGCAGAGGACCUUCUACGAUUGAUCUCUCCAACAACGAAUUGGAAGUUAUUGAUUCCAAACUGUUUACUGAGACUUUUGAUAUUCAAAACUUAAAUUUAGCAAACAAUAAAAUAUCAGCAAUUGAUCGAAAUACAUUCGGCAUGUUACCAAAUAUAAAGAACAUAUUUUUGGCUGGUAAUUUAUGUUUUGGAGACGAUUUCAAGGAAAUAACCAGAGAAGAUAUGGAUAAAAUUAACGAGUCAUUGGAAGAAUGUUAUCGCAAAUAUGACGAACUCAACAACUCAACUUAUCCUAAAUAUUCCUUCACUACUAUGCUUAUAACUGUUACCAUUUCAGCAUUCUUAUCACAAUUUACAAUUUAA